AUGUCUUGCAAGUUGACCCCUUGGGGCGCAGCCGCCGCCGUCCGGAAUCUCAGCAUACGAACGCGACAAGCACCUACAACCGCCUUCCGAAUAGCGUCCCGUCCGGCACAACAGCCAGCAUACCAGACGCCCUUCUUAAUAGCGAGGAGAGGCUUUACAGAUGAUACCGACACGAGAAUACCACCCCAAUCCGAAACCCCACCACCACCAACUCCCGCAGAAUAUGUCCCCAAGCCGCCCGAGACCUUCGCGCCGAACUUCCUCAACGCCGAGGCCAUAGCCGCGCUCGAGAAAGCUGCUGCUAACCAGGCUCUCUACGACGAGGGCGACGAAGGCUUGUUGUUCAACAUGCCCGACCGCGUCGGCAAGGGCCAGCAGCUGCAGGACAGAUACCAUCCUGUAGUAGAGCAGGUCACGAAGCUCUUGAUGAAAGACGGGAAGCUAGCUCAAGCGCAGAGGAACAUGGCCAUGAUCCUCAACUACCUACGCACAACCCCCGCGCCCAAAGUCUCCCCCCUCCGCCCCCUCCUCCCCGGCAGCCCCCCCGCCGACCAGCUGCCCCUCAACCCCCUCCUCUACCUAACCCUAGCCAUCGACUCCGUCGCGCCCCUGAUCCGAAUCCGCAGCUUGCGCGGCGCCGCCGGCGGCGGGCAAUCGCUCGACCUGCCGCAGCCCAUGGCGGCGCGCGCCCGCCGCCGCAUAGCCGUCAUGUGGAUCCUGGACGCGGUGCGCCGCAAGCGGUCCGCCGGCUCCGGCCGCGCCCAGUUCGCCACCCGCUUCGCCCAGGAGCUCGUCGCCGUCGUCGAGGGCAAGUCCACCGUCUGGGAUAAGCGCAAUAGCAUCCACAAGCUGGGCACCGCCGCGCGUGCCAAUUUGACGCAUCAUGCUGUCGUGGGGAAGCGGAGGAAGUAA